GAGAGUUUACUUACACAUAGAGAGAGAUAAAUACAUCAUAUAUAUAUAUAUAUAUAUAGAUGAAUAUAUAGAUAGAGAGAGAAAUACACCACCGAUAGACGAAGAAGCAACACAUCGGCAUUACAGAGUUCCCCCAAAUCUCCACCUAAACUUAUCGGUUUCGAAACCCUACGAAUUUCUUCCCUUAUCUUCCGCCAUAUUUUACCGGAGGUUUCGUCAAACUUUAGCAAAACUUUGAGCUUCAGACAACAAAAAGAUAGAGAAUGUCACAUGUAUUCAGUGAAGAUCUGAGCCCGAUCGACUCAUCGACGCGAUUCUUGAAAGCUUAAAUGUACCGAUUCUUUAACUGUUUGCCACCGAUCCUUCUGGUUUUUCAGAUUUUGAGGUGCGAUCUAAGAUCUGAAGUGAUAUUGCAGGUAUUAAGUGGAAUGUAAUUUGCAUGGGGUGACGAUGCCAGAGUUGCGAAGUGGAGCCCGAAGGUCGAAACGGCUUGGUGAUCUUCAGCCUGCCCCUCAACCAGCCGAUCAGGCAGAAAAUUGGCUCCUGCCUACUCAAAACAGAACCAGGAGGAGAGUUGGGGGAGGAAGAGGAAGGGGUUCUAAUGCCAACGCUGUAGCGAAAGGACCUUCAACAGCAUUACCUGUGAGACCAACUACUGCUGGUAGAGGUAGGGGAAUUAGGUUGAUAGAUUUAGACCCAGAGCCACCUUGUGAGGUUCUUCCUGAAGUUGCUGCUAUAGGGGCCGGCGAACCAGUUUUUAAUCGAGUGGAGGGGGUUGCGGAUAGGGAUAUUGCGAUGGAGGGUGGAAGCGGGGACAAAGUAAUAGGAGUUGAAGAAGAAGCAAGCACAACUCCUGUGCCUGAAAGGGUACAAGUGGGUAAUUCUCCUCUAUAUAAGAUAGAAAGGAAGUUGGGGAAGGGUGGUUUUGGCCAAGUUUAUGUUGGCAAAAGGGUAAACGGUGGCACUGAAAGAACAGGACCAGAUGCGGUUGAGGUUGCAUUGAAGUUUGAACAUCGGAACAGUAAAGGUUGCAACUAUGGCCCUCCUUAUGAGUGGCAAGUGUACAACACUUUGAAUGGAUGUUAUGGAAUUCCAUGGGUUCACUUCAAGGGUCGCCAAGGAGAUUUUUACAUUCUGGUCAUGGACAUGCUUGGGCCCAGUCUUUGGGAUGUGUGGAAUUCUUUAGGCCAGUCGAUGUCACCAAAUAUGGUGGCUUGCAUUGCUGUGGAGGCAAUAUCAAUUCUUGAAAAGCUUCACUUAAAGGGGUUUGUGCAUGGAGAUGUGAAACCAGAAAAUUUUCUACUUGGCCAACCUGGAUCUGCUGAUGAGAAGAAGCUUUAUCUUAUUGAUCUUGGUUUGGCUUCUAGAUGGAAAGAUUCAUCAUCUGGUCAGCACGUUGAAUAUGAUCAGCGGCCUGAUAUAUUCAGGGGUACAAUAAGAUAUGCAAGUGUACAUGCGCAUUUAGGUCGGACAGGAAGCAGAAGGGAUGAUCUCGAGUCAUUGGCAUACACAUUGAUAUUUCUUAUUAAAGGAAGGCUACCAUGGCAGGGCUAUCAGGGAGACAACAAGAGCUUUCUUGUUUGUAAAAAGAAAAUGGCGACAUCGCCAGAGUUGAUGUGCUGCUUUUGUCCUGCUCCAUUUAAACAGUUCCUUGAAGCCGUAACGAAUAUGAGGUUUGAUGAGGAGCCCAAUUAUUCCAAGCUUAUAUCAUUUUUUGAAAGUCUGAUUGAACCGUGCACGCCUUUGAGACCAAUUAGAAUUGAUGGAGCUCUCAAGGUUGGGCAAAAGCGGGGGAGAUUGCUUAUAAAUUUGGAAGAAGAUGAACAACCAAAGAAGAAAGUACGACUAGGUAGUCCUGCUACACAGUGGAUUUCAGUUUAUAAUGCACGACGUCCCAUGAAGCAGCGAUAUCACUACAAUGUUGCAGACUCAAGGCUGCGUCAGCAUGUAGAGAAGGGUAAUGAAGAUGGACUGUAUAUCAGCUGUGUAGCUUCGUCAACAAAUCUUUGGGCCUUAAUCAUGGAUGCAGGAACAGGUUUCUGUUCCCAGGUUUAUGAACUUUCUGCUGUUUUCCUGCACAAGGAUUGGAUUAUGGAACAGUGGGAAAAGAAUUAUUACAUCAGCUCAAUAGCUGGUGCAAGUAAUGGGAGUUCCUUGGUUGUUAUGUCUAAAGGAACUCCUUACACCCAGCAGUCAUACAAAGUGAGUGAAUCUUUUCCUUUCAAGUGGAUUAAUAAAAAAUGGAAGGAAGGUUUCCAUGUCACAUCCAUGACAACUGCUGGCAGUCGCUGGGGGGUAGUAAUGUCUAGGAACUCCGGAUAUUCCGAACAGGUUGUGGAGCUUGAUUUUCUGUACCCAAGUGAAGGAAUACACCGACGAUGGGAAAGUGGUUAUAGGAUAACUUCUAUGGCUGCUACUGCUGAUCAAGCAGCCUUUAUACUGAGUAUACCAAAACGUAAGAUGAUGGAUGAGACCCAAGAAACUCUGCGUACAUCUGCCUUCCCAAGCACCCAUGUAAAGGAGAAGUGGUCCAAGAAUCUCUACAUUGCAUCAAUUUGUUAUGGUCGAACUGUUUGCUAAUGGGUGGUGGAGUUGCACCCCCUUUUUUUCCGUCUAGAAAGAAUUUGAAGUUUGAAAGCUGAGAGAGACUUUAUUUCAGACUCUUGUUUUUUGUUGCGUGAGCUAGCUCUCUCCCGAAAUAGAAAGAAAAUCGAAGCUUCUCAUGUAAGAUCUCUACUUUAUGCUUUCUGUAAAAAAAAAAAAUAAUAAAAAAAAUGACAAAAAUAUAUAUAUAUAUAUAUCAAAAUUUGGAGUUGCCCAAGCUUCGUGACCCAACAGACAUGAGCUUGUAGAGACAACAGUGUGUCGGAAGACCUUUUAAAAAAUAUAUAUAUAUAAAUUACAUUUGAGAGUAAGUAACCAGGGAUUUGCAGCCAAGUUAUGGUUUCAUAGCUGCCAUUGUACUCUUAAAUUUUUUAUCAAUGGGAAACAAUUGCUGUAUAAUUUAAGUCGAUUUAGCUACUUGUCUUUA